GGAGAGCAGUGCGGAGCUGUGAGUGUGCCCGAGACCCGAGAGCUCUGCAUAAUGAUCGACUGUGGGUGGAGCCAGUGUCCGAUGGGUCAGAAGUCACGGUGACAUCAUCAACAUGGUGGUGAUCAGCAGCUCAGUGUCGUCCAUCAAAGCUCUGUGGGAGACGCGCAUCCGCAAGAUCAGUGAAGACAGAGAGGAGGAGCAGAGGAGGAAGGCCCCCAAGGACAGGCCAGCAAACAGAGUGGGUGUGGGUGUGUGGGAGGACCGCGCGCUCUUGGCCCGCCUCAAACAGAAGCUGCAGACUGAAGAUGGCCGCCUGGUGCUGCGGUUGGAGCAGGAGGAGUGGAGGAGCUUACCUCCUUGCCUGGUGCGCUUGGCCCAGGUGCAGGAGUUGCACAUGCACCGCACCGGUCUGGAGGCCCUCCCCACCUUCAUUCACAGCUUCCAGAACCUCCUUGUAAUCGACCUGUCCCGCAAUGCCGUGGCACACAUACCCAAGGAGAUUGGUGAGCUGAGUCGUCUGAGAGAGCUUCUCCUCAGCUAUAACAGGCUGACCAGUGUCCCAGAGGAGCUGGGUCAGUGUGAGAGUCUGGAGAGACUGGAGCUGGCCAUGAACCGGGACCUCAGCGCUCUGCCACUCCAGCUGAAGAACCUGCAGAGGCUGCAGCACUUGGACCUGUCCAUGAAUGAUUUCUAUGAGUUCCCUGAGUGUCUGCUGGACCUGCCUGCUCUGGAGUGGCUCGACAUCGGGGGCAACAGACUGACAGAGCUGCCCUAUGACAUCUACAGGAUGGAGAAGCUGCACACUCUAUGGCUCCAGAGAAAUGAACUUGAGAAACUCCCCGACACCAUCAGCCUCAUGGCCAGCCUGGACACACUAGUCCUGAGCAGCAACAAGCUCCGCGACAUACCCCCUCUGAUGGAGGACAUGAGCCGCCUCAGAUUUGUGAAUUUCCGAGACAACCCCCUGACUCUGGACGUGACUCUUCCUCCUAGAAAACCAAAGGAGCCUGAGGAAGACGAGGAGGAGGAAGAGGAUGACAGGGAGAUGUAUGGCAAAGAAUUCAUGCAACUGUACAUCCACGAGGCCAGGAAGCGAGCCUACGCCACCCUCAACGUGCACUGUGCCUACCAGCCUGGUGAGGGCCCUGACCCUUAGAGUUCAGCUGUUGUGGAGCAGUGUUCUGUGAAUGCCACUGAGCCCUAUAUUUUUAGAAGCACAUACUAUUGUUACUAAGGAGCCCAUUCAAUGUAAAUGUACUAUGUUUUUGUAGCAACUUUUUUAGUUACACUGAUUUGUCAAGAUUAAAAAUGUGCUGCUUGUAAAAAUAAAUAAUUUUCAUAG